GGUCUGACCACCAAAUCAUAAAUUUGAAACUUGAAAUGAGCGUACCACCUGGCAUAGAGGGCAGAAAAUUCUCGACCAGAAGAUACGAAUACAAAAAAAUCAACUGGAACAUGUUCAAAGUGAAGAUGGAUGCUGAGGCCAGCGAGAUGCUGAGUGAGGAGCAUGAGGUGGGAAAUGAAAUAGAGGAAGAACUAAAACUAAGAGAGGCAAUAUAUAGAGGCCUAGAAGCGGCGGGAGCCACGAAAAUUAAGCAAACUCACAACAAUCAAGGUAGGGCCACUGAAAGCAGAAAAAAAAGAAAUAGACAAAGGUGGUAGGACGACGAAUGCGAUGGAGUAAGGGAAGAGAAAAGGAGAGCCCUUAUCACCUUUAACAGAAGACCAAACGAAGAUACAUGGAACAACUAUAAGAUAUGUGACAGGAGAAUGAAAGCUAUGGUCAAAAAGAGGAAAAGAGAAUCCUGGGAAAAGUUCGCGGAAAGCAUCAAUCACAGCUCGGACUGUAAAUCCCUAUAGGAAAAUAUAAAAGGGUUACAAAAGGGGAGAAAACACCAACAGAAUCUCAUGACCAACGAGGAAAGAAGUGAGCUGGAACAAGCGGAAGCGGAUAAAAUAUUUGACGAUGAUAUACUAACAUCAUCAACGGGCGCCGAGAUUACUACGCAAGAACAAAGGAUAAUGUAUGCAAGUGAACCAGCCGAAGCAUAUGAGCGACCACUGAGCACGAAGGAGAUCUCGAGUGCCGUAGAAAGAAUGAAUAAAAAGUCAGCCCCGGGAAAAGAUGGAAUUGACAAUAAAACGAUAGAAAAAACAUAGACCUGAUGGAAUCAGCGAGGGCUGGCGCGGAGCGUCCGGUGGUGGAAUUGGCGGCCUGCCCUGAACCCUGGAUAAAAUGGAGAGCGGGUGAGAUGAUGGUAUUACCGGAAGCGGCCCUGAUGAGUGUCCCAGCUGAAACCAGACAGCGGUACGGCUCGAUAGACGAGGAAUUUGCCGAGAUGUACACCGAUGGGUCGAAACGAGAGGGAGCCCAGGCGGUGGGUGCAGCCGUGGUGACGAAACAGCAAAAUAACUGGGAGGAGAAUACGUUCAGCAUGAACCCUGGAGCCACAAUCUUCACUGCGGAAGCAGUGGCGGUGGCGGAGGCCCUCAGGUUGUACAGUCAGUCCGGUGAUGGUAGAAGACUGCUCGUUUAUAGUGAUUCUGCGAGUGUGUUGAAGGUACUAGAAGCUGCAAAAAACAAAGAUAUUAAAGACAUUGUUAAGAUGAAAAGAGGAGAAAUUGUGGCGAAAAUUAUGAAAGAAUUAUGUGAAAUAUACUUAAUGAAAAACUUACCGUUGAAUGAGACUGUGAACCGGAAAAAAACGCCAGUGGUAUUUGUGUGGGUGCCUGCGCAUAGAGGAAUCGCGGGUAAUGAGAGAGCGGACGCGGCGGCCAAAAGGGCCACGGAACAAACCCCGAAUUGUGAAUACGCGUUACCGUACGAAGACAUGCUAGUGAAUCUGGUAAGGAAUGCGUGGAAAGAGUUCGCGACGGAAAUGAGAAACGAAGCGCGAUACAAAGAUGUUAAAUACUUUAGCGAAAUAGAUACGAACAAACAGCGCCGAAAACCGUGGUUUGAAAAAUUCGUUACCCAAGACAGAAGGACAAUAUCGGUGCUCAGCAGAAUAAGAGCCAACCACUACAACCUGAGCGAGUCACUGGCGAGGAAACACGUGGUGGAGGACCAUGGAUGCGACUGUAGAGAGCACGUGGAGGACCUGGCUCACGUCCUCUGGGAAUGCGAGAAGUACGAUCACAUCAGGGACGAAUUCGUAGCGAAGAUGCGAGAAAAGGGGUUCAGCGGCAGACCACAAUACCAAGACCUUGUGAGAAAAGAAAGACCGGCUGUAUGCGUGGCGGUUGCGAGAUUUCUAAUAAAAACGGGAAGAAUAAUUUAAUACGCGUGCGUGGCAUGAUGGAGUCGCUAUUCUCGGUAAAACCGGCUCUAGCGGGUGUGAGUAUGAGAGAGAGAGAGUGUGAAGCGAGAAAGAGGAUGAGGGAUGGAGGCGGCGCCGGCUGGGGGCGCCUGCCGCAUGGCGGGUAAAAAUUAAAUGACAAAGUGGAGGGUUUAUAAUCUUUAUAAGAAAAAUAGAGAAGCGAAAGUAAAAUGGUAGAAAUAAUAAAAGACCCUGGCCCAAAAUAGCCGACUACCGCGUGCGGGGGCCCUGAAGCCGGGUGUCCGUCCCUAGGAUGAGUGGAAGGAUGAACGACCUGUAAAAGAAAGAAAAGAAAAGACAAAAUCAUACCCCUUUUGGGAAUGCGGUAAUGGCGAACUAAACAUGUCGAGCAUGUAAACGGAAUCAGACCUUCAAGGCAACAGAAUAGAGUCAGCAAGGAAUUAAAUGAUAUUGACAAAGUAGAGUAAACUAGAAGUUCAAAGAAAUAGUAGACUUGAAGGAUGGUUACCGAUAGCUCGGCUGAUAAGGAGUAAGGAAGGAUAACUGCAAGUAUGAUGGUGUGAAUGGAGUGUGUGGGAGUGAAAAUGUGAAAUACUCAAAGUAAGGAAAGUAUGUAAAUAAAUUUCUAACAAUAGUAAUAGAAUAAUCAAAUGUAAACUAGGAUAGGCAUUAAGUUGUAAAAUUGUAAAGAAAAGAUAUCUGUAAUUCAAAUAAGAAGCGCUGAUACACUUCGAUACAAAAUACGAUAGAAAACAUGACUAUAGAAACGAGGGAAUACAUGGAUACAAAAGUAUGGAACGAGUGAAAAUGUAAAAGUAUGGAUUAAAAACAAAGCGAAAACAUGUAAAAAUAAGAUAAAGCACAAAGAGGAAAAUUAGCUUUUCAAAAUGCGCGGGAGUUUGGCCCUAGGCGCGGGCACGAGAGCGUUCGUUGGGCAACACGGGGACGGAAAAGUCCCCAAAAAUGCCAACCCCUUGCCUUCGGGGGUGCUAAAGCACCCGAAAAGCAAAUCGGGGUGAAAGUUUUGAUUGAUUGAUACCCCCUGUGGCUCGGGGAGCUUAGAAUACGGCCACGGUAUCCCCUACCUGUCGUAAGAGGCGAUUAAAAGGGGUCACACAGACACAUACGCACACGUACACACACAUACACACCGAUUCGGACAAAAGAUGAGCAGACUCUAAAAGUAUGGACUGAGUAAGAUUUAAGACAGGUAUAAGUGACGAAAUUUAAAAAUGCGCGGGGUUUGGUGUUGGCGGGGCUGCCAGCACAUCCCCGAAGGCGCGUGGCCGAUAGGGUUCAUUGCGCAAUACGGGGUGUUGCAAACCUCGCCUGUAUGUAUGUGUGCAAUAUCGAGUGAAUUUAGCUGCAAGCUUGUAAUCACAAGCGUUGAAUGAAAUGUAAUAUGGCGACGAUGCCAUAAGAGUAUGGUUGCAGCAUGUCUGCAUUAUGUUAUAUCAAUGCUCAUAAAUUAGGAGCCAAAAUUCAAAGGAAUAAACAAAUAAAAGAUAGGACACUGUAAACCUUUCAGCGCGAGUGAUCGUGUUGAGAGAGAGUUGGAAAUCCGGAGAAAUAAGACUGUCACACUUGAAGUUUUUAAGAAACUAAUUUAUUGCGGGCCGUAUCUAAUUCGUUACUCUUAACGAAAAUCCUGUUGGUUCUUGAAACUGUUGAAGUCUCUUCGACAUCCUGCUUAUAUACAGAGGGUAGUAAAUUCUCUUAAGGGUUGCCUUGGCUCGCUAGCGCGAGACCUUUUUCUCUUUCGUUCUCUCUGGAUCCCACGCUUUCUCUUAGCACGUGUGCAUGGAAUCGUUCUCGAGUCUUGGCGGGGCACCACCAUCUUUCACUCGCCCAAGGGUGGACCGAAGCCAGGGAGAGGGACCGCCUCCGGACAGGGAUGGGCUCCUCCACCAUUGGGCCAGGGAUGAUCCUGAGGGAGGAUUCAGGAUCUAGCGAGGAGGGGAUGGCAGCCUGCAUACAUUUUUGUCAAAGUUAUAGUCACGAAAUAAAGUCGUAUAAAUUUUUAUUUCUUA